AUGAAGCUCUCGACCUCGUGCUGGCUGGCAUCGCUCGCCGUUCUCCCCGCAUUCACCGCGGCAGACUGGCAGUAUCGCUCACGACCGGAUCUCGCACCGCCCCGGCUCAACAUCACAACAUCGGCGGCAAGGGAACAGGUGGAACAAGGCCUCCUGUUCGUUGCGCCGUACCCCGGAGCUGGUCCGGACGCGCGGAAUCCCGUACAGCCCGCCGCCUACAUCUUCCGGGACAACGGGGACCUGGUCUGGUCCGGGCUGGGCUACUUUGCCGGAGGGGUCGCCAACUUCGGCGUCGACACGUGGGAUGGGCGGCAGGUACUUCACGCCUUCCAGGGCCAGCGUGGCGAAACUGAAGGUCGCUCGUACGGGCACCAUGUCAUCUUGAACAGCAAGUACGAACCCGUGAAGCUGGUCCGCGGGCGAUCCAACAGGCUCGGCUCGGCCCACGAGUUCCGCAUCGUCGAUGACGACUUCGCGCUGGUCGAGAUUGGGAGCACGAGGCCCGUUGGGCUUUCUCCCUGGGGAGGCGCCAAGGGACAGGACUGGAUUUUAUCAACCGGCUUCCAAGAGCUAAAUAUCGAGACUGGGGAAGUGGUGUUCCAGUGGGAGAGCCUCGAUCAUGUCGAUCCCGGAAACAGCGCGUUUCCACUAGCAGAGCUGCCAUCAACCACGGGUCUGGAUUCGUCCAGUGCAUGGGACUACUUCCACAUCAACAGCGUGGACAAGGACAGCCAAGGCAACUAUAUCAUAUCGGCCCGCGCCACCAGUGCCAUUUACAAGGUCAACGGCACCAGCGGCGAGGUGAUCUGGACGUUAGGAGGUGCGAACUCGACCUUCGACAUGGAACCUGAAGCGCACUUCGCGUAUCAGCAUGACGCCCGCCUCCUCAGUCGUUCCCCUGACGGCACAACCGACGUCCUCUCACUCUUCGACAACGCAGCAGCCUCGCCCGAGAAGCAGAUUAGCUCCGUAUCCAGGGCUCGAAUAGUGCAGCUCAAUCAUUCCGACAACACGGCCAAGGCGCUCCGCACAUAUCCCGCCCCUGACGGGCUGUCCGCGCAGUCACAGGGGAACGCGCAGGUCCUCCCGAACGGGAACGUGUUUGUGAACUGGGGUCAAGCAGGCGCCAUCACCGAGUUUGGCGAGGACGGGAGAGUGCUUUUUCACGCGUAUCUCGACUCGGGCCCAGGGGGAAGCUUGGUACAGAAUUACCGGGGCUUCAGGUCCAACUGGACAGGAUCCCCGAGCGAGGAUCCCGCACUUGUGGUCGUGGAAGGAGACGCCAGGGGUAAAGUCGAGGCAUACGUCUCGUGGAAUGGGGACACCGAGGUCGUAACGUGGAGGUUUUACGCCGAGCCAUCGCCGGACCGCAGCCCGAGCCUAGGAGAGGGGAGGCUGGUGCUCGGAGAAGCCGGGCGUACUGGCUUUGAGACGCACCUCACGCUUGAUGUAUCUCGGUUCCGCGGGGAAGUUCUCAUCUCAGCGCAGGCUGUCGAUGCCAAGGACCGCAUCCUCGUACAUACAUCAUCCGAGGCGAUCUCACGAAACCCUUGGGGCUCACCGGGCUUAUUUCGUGAUCCGUUAAGCUCAGAAGAGCAUGUCGCGACGGAGGAGCUAUGA